CCCAAAAAGUUCAGAGCCCAAUUCACUCACACUCACCAUGGCGUCCUACAAUUGGCGCCCAGGCGAUGCAAACAAGAGCCAAACAAGGAAAUAAGAUGAGGAGAUGAGGAGAGUGCAUCACUUCCGGCACUAACCAAGCUGCUUCAUCCUGAAAUGCAUCCUGAUCCAUACCACCUGCUUCCUCCCAGACGUAGCAACCUGUCUCUCAUCCGCUGCACCUGUGGUGGAUCGCCAACUGCUGGAAUUGCAGAAAUGUUACCAAAGCCAUUAUCACAGCGACACGGCUGCUGCUAUUAGUAGGAGUAGUAGUUCCAGCCGAAAUCUGCUGCAGCGACGACACGCUGCCGAGUUUCUCGAUGAUUCUCUGUUCCACAAAUUUGCCCGUACUGUCUGUCAAGCCAAUGCUGUACCACGAAAGGAACUUUUUGAGACUUGGGCAGUUGCCAUUCAUAUCCAGCAUCAGUUUUCCGAUUGUCGUCGUGUGGCCGACUUGGCAUGUGGCCAUGGACUCCUCGCUUGGGCAUUGCUUGUUUUGGAUGAACGACCACAAGAAGAAGAAAUAAUGCCACGAACAGCCGUCUGUAUCGACAAACGAAUGCCACUGUCUGCUGGAAAAGUGGCUGCUGCCAUGCUCCAGGAGUACCCCAGCUUGCAAGGACGGUGGCAUUUUGUGGAAGGAAAGUUAGGUGCCGUGACAAUCAACAGCAAGGAACAAAAUCAAGAAUCAUCGUCGUCAAGCAGCAACACACUUCUCUGUGGAAUCCAUGCCUGUGGCAUCUUGUCGGAUCAGAUUCUUGCUCUGGCUGUACAGGGGAGUGCUCCCGUGGUGCUGCUGCCUUGCUGUCAUACCAAAAAGUCUCUGGAUGAAAUGGAACGAAAAGACUAUGACCAAAAUAACCAAAUGGUUAGUGUACAACAAGACGGGCCCAAAAAGGAGGAAUCCAAUAAGGAAGGAAGCCUGGCAGAAUUUGUGGACCUACAAAGGAUCAAGCGUCUCCAACAGGCCGGAUACGACGUACAACGAACCUACAUUCCCCGACAAUUCACGCCACAAAAUUCCAUUAUCCUGGCAUCUCCUCCCUUGACACAACAAAAAAGUCAGUCUCCGCCAUCCUCACGGUCGAGUCGCUACCGAAAGGGGAGUUUGCCACACGGACAUGUUCUCAUACCGAUUGAUGACACAACAACAGCCAAGACGAUCGUUCGCUCCAUGGCGGGAAGAGACGCUGCCAUGGCAAGAAAACUACCUCCGUCGCCUGCGUUUUGCGUCUCGUUGGCCAUGCCAGAGGACAAGCAUCAUCACGUGAAACCAAAAGGCUUGUCAGCGCUGGAUGGCAUCCUGUCAUCCAAUGAGAAAAGGAGCACAAAACCAACGUAUGGUGCCACUCUUUCUACGAGGAUGACUAUACACGUCGACUAUGCUGACUCGGAAGCAUUCUUUCAUGCCAGUAGUGCAAGAUACUUUCGGACUUUUCGUAUUGAGUACGGCAUCGAUGCAAAGCUUGACAGAGAUAUCCACAAAGAGGCUGCCAUGGAGCUUCACAAAGAAAUGUGCCGCCAGAUUCCAGUGGAGUUUCCUGGGUGCACUGUGAGAUCCUAAAGACACAGGCCUACCGGUACGAUACCAUUCGUGAUCCCUGGUACGGUACCGGUGUACAAAGUAAGGCGAGAGCGGACCUACCGGUAUGGAUGUAAAUUACUCAUUAGUUUGAACAAACGACCGGCCACGAGGUGUGACUUGAAGGACGAGAAGAAGCGGAGGCUGAUCCUCGUCACAACACAUCGUGGCGAGGCAGAUCUACCGGUACUUUGGGGUCGCUUGAGUUUUAAAAUGGCCAGAGACGGCUGCAAAUGCAAUACCGGUACUAGCUAGUAAAUUAAUUCAUAUUAGUUUAUCUAUCUCAUGAUU